AUGAGGACUCUUGCGCCCUUUAUUGCUACGCUACUGGUCGCCGUGACCUAUCUGCAGCCCUCGUUGGCGCAGGGUCCGUUGCCAAAGGUGUACACUGACCCUGAGACGGGCAUCGUGUUCAAUACCUGGAGUGCAACUGAUGGACCAAUUCAGGGCGAAGGCUAUGGAUCUGUAAGCCUGGGAGGCUUCACCUUUGGCAUGGCGCUGCCUUCCGAUGCGCUCACCGUCGACGCGAAUGAGUUCAUCGGGUAUCUUGAAUGCUCUACCCCGACUACCCCUGGUGAAGGAUGGUGCGGCGUCUCGAUGGGUGGUUCCAUGACUCGGGCGCUAUUGCUUGUUGCUUGGCCUCACGAGGACGAGGUUCUCACAUCGUUCCGCUACGCCACGGGCUACGUCGUCCCCGAGCUGUACAAGGGCGACGCAAAGCUCACACAGAUCAAAUCCUCGAUGAACUCGACACACUACAAGCUCAUUUUCCGCUGCCAAAACUGCUUGAAGUGGAGUCACGAUGGAUUGGAGGGUGGCCAGUCAACCAGCAGCUCCUUCCUCAUGCUGGGGUGGGGACAAGCCAGGACACCCGUUGGAAACCCAGAGUGUCCCGAUCGGGUCGUCAUCCAGCAGCACGACAACGGAAUGAACCUUUUCCCCGCCCCGCUUGACGUUUCCAUAGCAAACCCCUCAUAUGCGAGCUGGGCGGCCACGGCCACCAAGACGGUCACCGGUGAUUGUGGUGGGUCGACUCAGCCGCCGCUACCUGAAGUGACGGGCGUCCCGGUUCCGUCUGCAACUUAUGAUUACGUGGUUGUUGGAGCCGGAGCCGGAGGCAUCCCCAUCGCGGACAAGUUGAGCGAGGCGGGAAAGUCUGUCCUGCUCAUCGAAAAGGGACCGCCUUCGACAGGGCGCUGGGGCGGCAAUCUCAGACCCUCGUGGCUUGAAGGCACCGGCCUGACACGUUUCGACGUGCCCGGCUUGUGCAACCAGAUCUGGGUCGAUUCCAACGGCAUCGCUUGUGACGAUACUGACCAGAUGGCAGGCUGUGUGCUUGGUGGCGGCACAGCCGUCAACGCUGGUCUGUGGUGGAAGCCGUACACUCCCGAUUGGGACCAGGUCUUCCCUAGCGGAUGGAAGGCAUCCGACAUGGCCGGUGCCACAAGCCGCGUCUUCAACAGGAUCCCGGGUACAGAGACCCCGUCUCAGGACGGAAAGCGCUACCGCACUGAGGGGCUCGACACCCUCAUGAGCGGUCUCAAAUCAGCUGGCUGGGCCGAGGUCAGUUCCCUCAGAGAACCUGACCGAAAGAACCGGACGGUCAUGCCGGGGCCGUUCAUGUUCUCCAAGGGUGAGCGUGGAGGGCCGCUGGCAACCUACCUCGACACGGCCAGCAAGCGGUCCAACUUCAAGCUGUGGACGAACACGGCCGUGAAGCGUGUCGUCCGUGAGGGCGGACACAUCACUGGACUCGAAGUUGAGCCCUUCCGGAACGGCGGCUAUGUCGGCACAGUCCAACUGACGCCUGGGACCGGCCGUGUAAUUCUCUCUGCGGGAACGUUUGGUUCCGCGAAGCUCUUGAUGCGCAGUGGUAUCGGCAGGAAAGAUCAACUUGAGAUCGUCAAGGGCUCGCGCGACGGACCUACCAUGAUCGACGAAGCCUCUUGGAUUUCCCUGCCCGUUGGUGACAAUCUGGUGGACCACGUCAACACUGACACUGUUGUUUCCCACCCCAACGUUGUAUUUUACGACUUUUAUGAGGCCUGGACUUCACCAAUCCCUGCAGACAAGGAUGCAUACCUCAGCAAGCGAUCCGGCAUUCUCGCGCAAGCUGCUCCCAACAUUGGACCACUGUUCUUCGAUCAGAUCAAGGGGGCCGAUGGCAAAACUAGGCAUCUUCAGUGGACCGCGAGAGUUGAAGGAAGCCUUGGCGCUCCGAACGGGAAGACCAUGACUAUGAGCCAAUACCUUGGUACAGGAUCGACAUCGCGCGGCCAGAUGAGCAUAACUAACGGCCUUUCGACCGUUGUGUCGACACAUCCGUACCUCCACACGGAAGCGGACAAGGCUGCCGUCAUCCAAGGCAUCGUCAACGUCCAGAACGCUCUCAAGAGCGUAUCAGGUCUUAAAUUCGAGUUCCCCAAUGCGACCAUCACCGCCGCGGAUUACGUUGCUAGUAUGCCCGUUUCUCCGUCGAACCGUCGUGCCAACCACUGGAUGGGCACGGCCAAGCUGGGCACUGACGAUGGCCGUCAGGUAGGCGGAACUGCAGUUGUAGACACUAACACCCGCGUCUUUGGCACCGACAAUUUGUUUGUAGUCGACGCGAGCAUCUUCCCCGGUAUGGUGACGACCAAUCCAUCCUCAUACAUUGUCGUGGCGUCAGAGCGAGCAGCCGAGCGCAUCUUAGCGCUCCCGCCUUCGACACCGCUACCUAGGUAUAGCCAGUGUGGAGGGCGAUCGCACACCGGAAGCUUCCAGUGUGCCGCCCCAUACAAAUGCCAGGUGCAGAACGAAUUCUACUCUCAGGUAAGUUAA